AUGCGAUUUUCUUUUGAUAAAAUCCCUGAUCUUUCUGGCAAGAUUGCAAUAGUGACAGGUGGAAACACUGGUAUAGAAAUCAUAACAGCAAGAGAAUUAGCCCGUAAAAAUGCUCACGUAUUCGUUGCAAGUCGUAGUAGAGAUAGAGGCGAAUCAGCUCUACAAAGUUUAAAUUCUGUCAAACAUGCUGCUGAAAUAUUUUUGGCUAGAAAAUUACCAUUGCAUAUUUUAGUUAAUAAUGCCGGUAUUAUGGCAACUCCAUUUGCGACAACUAUAGAUGGUAUUCAAGAUCAGUUUGGCACUAAUCAUAUUGGCCAUUUUGUCUUCACACUUUUACUGUUGCCAACUAUCAAAGCUUCGGCUCCAUCACGUAUUGUAAGUGUUAGCGGUCGUGCUCAUGAAAGAGCACCACCAGCUGGAAUAGAAUUUGAAAAGUUGAAUGAUCCAGAGGCUCAUACUCCUUUUCAAAGAUACGGUCAAUCAAAACUCGCAAAUAUUUUAUUCACUCUUGAACUUAAUAAAAGACUCUCAGGAACAAAUAUUUAUUGUAAUUGUCUCCAUCCGG